UAAGACUCAAACACCUGUGGCGUCCACCCAAUCAAUGGCGUCGACGCCCAAAACGGUCGCAUGUCAAUUCGUGCGACCUGAACCGUGGUGAUGACGCAGCUGACAACUAAAGACAGUCUCUUUCCCAUGCAUGCGGGUAUGCAUUUCGUUGACCGAAUUCCACUGCGGUCAGCUAGGGCGCUGAAACUGUCAAAGAACGGUGACGAGGACGUAUCAAGAAUAUAGCCAGGUGUGACAGGCACUUCAUUGUUGAAGCCUCCACAUAUCACCUACGCUAUAUGAACAGUGCAGCACUACCGUUUGACGAUGCUUUCAAGUCAUUUGUCGUCUUUUCCCUUGCUGUCACUUGACGUGAACGCAGGUCUGAUUUCGAUUCGGAGUUACGAAGCUUUCGUGGACGCAACUUACAUCCACAUCGAACAUGCCAGGCCUCGAAUCCAUGCGUCGGCGGCUCUCCAGCAUCGCCAAACCCACCCCAGGACCCACGACUCCCCCUUCGCACACACAAACAGACAAGCGCCUCCUCGACCCCGACUUCUUCAACAUUGACGCCGAAGACCUAACAUGGUUCCACAAAGUCAACCUCGCCGUGCGCCGCGACAUAGGCAAACUGAUCCUCGCGCACGACUACAUGCACAUCCAGCGCGUUACCGUUGCAGCUUAUCAGCUCUACCAAACCGAUGCCUCGCAAGUCUGGGCGCAUGGCGUCGACUACCGUACUGUGAUCGUCGCAGCGAUGGUGUCCUCGCUCGGUGCGGUGCUGUAUGCCAAAGACCAUGCCGAGAAUCUGAAAGGCUUUGGCCCAAGUACAUCGGAUAGUCCGGAUGUGGUGCAGAAUAUCCAUCAUGAACUACUCUUCGACUUCCUCCGGCGCCUGGACUGUCCGCCCGAUGUUGCCGGCCCGGCGGCGCUGAUGGCAAGCCUGAUCAGUUUCACGCAAGAGUGCAGGGAUAGGGAGAAGAUCAAAGAUAGUUGCGAAGCGUAUCCAGCGCUACGGUUUGUGCAGGAUGCUGUCAGGCUGGAUGAGCUGGGGUGCGUGGGCAUUGCGAGGCUGGGCACCAUGAGCAAGACGACGAUUCUUGAGGCAGUGAACAGGAUGGAUACCAGACUUUGUCAUUACGUGGAGUUGAUGAAGACAAAGACAGGCAGGAAGGAGGCAGAGAGGAGGUGGGCGCAGAUGUUGGAGUUCAGGGAGGGGUUGCUGCUUCAGGUUGAUUGUUCUGUUGGUCUCGAGGCGGGCCGGAGAAAGUCGUCUUGAGGAAUUCUGUACAUGGUGUCGUUUUGCAUCUUUCCUUGACAACUUCUUCACAAGCAAAUACA